UGUAUAUGGGGACAGAGGGGGUACAUUGUAUAUGUAGUAGAUCUAUGUUAGUGAUACCCCAUAUAAGCCUUAUAAAACAGCUUGUAUGUCAUGUAGGUACCCCAUGCGGAGGUCUUUCAGCAUGUUUCAUCUGUCCUCGAGGACUAUGGAUUUUGCCCUACUGGAGAUCCCAUGCAUGCUAUAAACCUCCGGCCUUAUGACUGCAGAAAGUCAAACAGACAGUCAGGCAAAGGGCUUACAGAUGCAAACAUGGCAGUUAUGGAAUCAGCCAAUCUGGAUGCUGCAGAGCAAAAGGCUGUGAGGAAGAAAGUAGGCAGAGGAUGGGAUCCCACAUAUACAAAGAGAAGUUUUUUCCCAUUUUGGAAAUCAGUGUUAAAAGCUCGGUUUCCUUUGAAGGUGUAUCCAGUCUAUGCAAGCUCAGAUCGUAUGUCUGGGCUAAAUGGACAAGUCCGUGUCUCUCCCAGUAACUCAACGGGCAAUGGGUCUACUCCUACUCCAAAUCAUGCACUUGGUCCACUGCAGAGAAUCUCGCCACUUACAAGCAAUAAUCAAUCCAGAAGGUGCUUUGUCACUGCUGCUAGUGGUGCAUUCAGGCUCUUGAAGGUGUUAAAGUAGAGUAGAAAGGUACGUCAGGAGUUUGUCUCCCUCUCCAAAUUUUCUGAGCAUGCACCACAUAAACACAUGGGAAGAUGGGAAGAAAGGAUUUUUCAUGAUGCACUUUUAACUAGUAAGAUUAUUCGUUGAUAGUCCAUUAAGGAAUUGGUUAUUUGCUUGAUAGGGUUAGGUAUCUAUUAUGCCCACCCCACCCACCAGCUGUUGUAAGCUUGGGUAUGUUUGCUUGCUUAGCAAUGAGCAACCUUGCUGUUAUUUAUUUCCCCAACUGGUCCAUGUGCAGAUAAUUCAGAUGAUAGUGACAUCUAAAUCCUUGUGGAGAAGCAAUAGAGAUCCACAUGAUUUCUUCUA